GCAGGAUGUUGUCUGGGAAGCUAAAGGAAGAAGUCCACUGCCCUGGUUGUCAGCAAAUAUUCCAAAAUCCUCUACUGCUUCCUUGUGGACAUAGCGUAUGCGUCGCAUGUGCUAAUCGUUUGUGGUUUCCGAUGACUUGGCCAGGAAAACAAUGUCCUGUGUUAAGCGCGGACGAUGCCGUCAGUGAAGCAGAUUCCGGGGUGGUUGUUUGUUCAACCGAAAGUACAGGAAGUUUAAAUCAUACAACAACAACAACUAUAAGCACAAUCAGUCCACGAGAAUGUUGCCCCUCAUGCUCAACCAUACCAAAACUUCCUGCGGAAAACCUAAUAGAAAGAUAUCCAACAGCUCAAGAUUGGUGGCCCAGAAAUGUGGCUUUGGAAAAUCUGAUAUAUCGCCUGUCUGAACUGAAUUCAAACGGAAGUAAGGAGCUUGUCAACAGACCACAGCCAAAUGCCUUUCGCCAAUGUCAUUUGUGUGAAUCCAAACCAGCCGGUGUCCCUGCAGUUUCUUAUUGCGAAAACUGUCAUCUUGCGUACUGUUCUCGCUGUGUCACUAAAUGGCAUCCAAACUCAGGGUUGCUUUCACGACAUCGAAUCGCAUCUGUAACUGAACAGGGUUUGUCAUCCACAUCCAGUAUACAUAAUAUAUCCCAGAGUGAAACAGUUCAGUGUUCAGACCACCCGGAUCGUUCUUGUCGCCUAUACUGUCUGGACUGCAACUUGCUCGUAUGCACACAGUGUUUGCAAGAUCCAGUCGAAUCCAGGGCGCCAUUCCAAUCAAACUGUUGCCUUGACAAGACCAUCGUGUUGACACCUAUGACCAAUGGUUAUUCCACACCACAAGUUCAGUGUUGGGCUAGCACCAAUGGCUCGGCGAGUUUCGGGUUAACAAACAGUUCGCACUCUGGACACGUGAUCUGCUCAGCAACCGUUCAAGCAAAGCGGUGCAAAACGGAAGUCACCAAGCAUCUGCACAAAUUGUCCGCGUUGGCCAAGGAAGGCGGAGAGUUGGUGCAAGAGUUGAAGUCGACUGGCACACGUAUAAUUCAAUCUGCGCAGAAUAUGGAAUCGAACGUGAACAAACAAAUUGAUCUGCUCAUUCAACUGCUUGAACGACGUCGGGCUAUCUUACUGGAUGAACUGCGAUCUCAGCUGCAACAUCGCGGACGUCGGUUGAGGGAACAGUCCAAUCAGGUUGGAAGCAGGCUCUCAGCCACAACCAGUCUGAUUCAUUUUGCCGUCGAACUGUUGAAGGAACAAGACGCUGCAGCGUUCAUUCAGAUUCUACCCUCCAUUCAGAAGCGAAUCCUCACAGCAGAAUCUCAGUUCGAAAUGGAACUGGAACUUGCCAAUCAGACAAAAGCUUGUGGUGAAAUUGAACUCAGAGUCAAUACGGAUUUGAUCGGUCAACAAGUGGAAACACUUCAGUUAGAAGAAUAUUAUGCACCUCCAGUUCCCGCUUUUUUGUCUUCCGAAUGCGUGGUUGACGGGAAUGCUCUUUUUGUCGUCUGGCAUUCCCCACGCCUUUGUCCCAAUCGAAAUGAAUCUGUUGCUCAGAUACCUCAAGAAACACCGUCCCAGACUCGGUGUCCGUUUGCAGACGCCGUGGAUACUUCACUGGGUGGAUCCAGACCUUCUGGUUUGGCCCAGUUCUCAUGCCGGCCAGGUUUGCACCCCAUCAAACAAAAUGGUCAUCUGAAUGCGACUCCUUUCCACCCCAAUCGUCUGUCUCCCCAGCAGUUUCCUGUCUCGGUGUCGGCCUAUCAUCUUUCUGACAAGGCAUUCGACGGUCCACUGUCAAACGGUGGCCACACAGCAGCCACUCCUUACGGUUCCCGCAAAACCUUGGCUCCGUUUGGCACCAGGCAGCCAGAAAUGAACAGUUCCCAAUCUAUGAACGCCAUUCAUCCACCUUCGCAGAUAGUUGGUAACGUUCAAAUAACUACAGGACGAUUUUCUCCUCGAUCUCCGGGUGAAUGUAAUCCAAUAACUUAUUUCUUGGAGGUUGACAAUGGACGCGGAGGUAUAUUUAAAGUGGCCUACACUGGACCUGAAACGGCCUGUCGCCUUGAAGGACUACAAUUCAACACAACCUAUCGACUCCGUGUCCGGGCGAGAAAUUCUGUCGGACACAGUGCCUACAGUGACCCUAUUCACUUGAAAACAGCCCGUUUAGCCACCUUCCGCAUCGAUCCUUCAAGUGGACUGCCGCAUUCGAAUGGGCUUCGCGUCGACCCAGAUGGAGUGACUGUUCAGUCUCUGGGUGACGUUGAGGAUCGCGUUCUUCUGGCUGAUGUCGGUUUCUCCCAAGGCACGCAUUACUGGGAAUGGCGAAUCGACUCCUAUGAUGGAAGAGGGCAACCAUCGUUUGGUGUCGCACUCAACAGCGUCGCGCGAGAUCGGAUGUUAGGUCUGGACAAUGCUGGGUGGGCAAUGUACGCAAACUCCAACCGCUCCUGGUUUGUUCAUGCUGGACAGCACCGAGAUCGCACGGAUGGUGGAAUACUGACUAAAGACCAAUUAGAACGCGACCAUCAGCCGACUGUGAUUGGUGUUCGUUUAGACUGCGAUCAAGGUCACCUGGGCUUUUAUCUGAAUGGCGAACCACAUGGGCCAGUUGCAUUUACGAAUUUGCUGCAAAACGGCAAGCAGUCGACCGAGGCUAUGGAGUCUGAUUUAAAGGAUGGUGUGCGUGUAGCUAGAACAGUUAAACCCUCGCUGUUCUACCCCGCACUCAGUUUGAGCCAUUUCACACGUGUCAAGUUAAUCACCGGGUUGGAAGUCCCCAGCGAAAGUGAGGAAUCCAGUGAGGAGUCCGAAGUCGAGUGUGGCGUUUUGGCAGUGCACACGCCAGAAUCAGCUUCCUCAUUAUCAACGCCCAACAACACUAGCGAACGCUCGAGAACAAGCGUGUCAACAGGGAAGGAUUCUUCCUCAUCAACAACGUCGACUGAUGGCGGGUCUCAGCUGCGGCCUAAUCGGCCUUCGGCGAUACAUCCAGACAUGACAGGGAUUGGAUUGACCCGGGGCUGCACAAUUUUGACAGGGAGUGUAGGUGUCACCGGACCGAAAUCACCCACGCCGAUUCGUCUGGUGACAUUCGGUCGAUCCUAAUUACCACUUGGUCAAAAUGUGAUAGCGGUCGCUGCAUUGCUUCCUGUACAUGCUUUCGCAAUCCAGACUUUUCUCCUGAGCUACGAAUGCUAACGGAAAAUGCUUUCGAUUAUCUACAUAUAUACACAUCUAUACAUG